AUGGGGCUCACCGACAUGAAAUUCACCCCUUACACCUCGACCAUGGGUCUGAGUGGUCUGCGUCUGCAGUUUGCCAUUGCCACAAUUGCAACCUGCGCCUUCUGGCUCUUUGGUUACGACAUGUCCAUCAUGGGCGGGCUCAUCACAGAAGAGCCUUUCCUCUCCGUCUUUCCACAGACCAAAAACGCAACUAUUCAGGGCAUUGUCAUAGCCACCCUCGAACUUGGCGCUCUUUUCGGCUCCAUCCUCUGUAUGUUCUGUGGUGACAAAUGGGGGAGGAGAGGGACCGUAUUCAUGGGCAUGUUGUUCAUGUUGGUCGGUGGCAUAUUACAGGCAUCAGCAUGGCAUAUUGCGCAAAUGGUCGUCGGACGCUUGAUGUCUGGCAUCGGCUUGGGUCUCCAAGUUGCUACCAUCCCCGCGUGGCAGUCUGAAUGCGCUAAACCAAAGUCUCGAGGUCGAUGGGUCAUGAUUGAAGGUGGUCUGCAGACAUCUGGUGUCGCCUGCGGCCAGUGGGUUGGUCUUGGGUUCUUCUACACCAGCGGCCAGGUCCAAUGGCGUGCACCUGUCGCCCUUCAGCUGGUUCCAGCUGCGAUCGUCUUCUUCUUCAUCAUUCCACGUUGGCUCGUCUCCCACGGUCGUUUCUCCGAAGCCAGAGAAGUCCUCUCCAAACUCCGCGACUUGGACGAGGCGCACCCAGACUUUGUUGCCGAAUUCGCCGGUAUUAUGGCCAGUCAUGAGGCUCAAAAGGCCGAAGCUCCCUUCGCUUACAAGGAACUCUUGCAAAACGGCAAAACACAGACCUUCCGCCGCAUGCUGCUGGGGGUAUUCGUUAACGCCGCUCAGCAACUCUCCGGUAUCAACAUGGUCUCAACCUACGCAAACCAAAUCCUCUCCACCAGUUUCGACUUGAGUCCAGGCACAUCUCACCUCAUUGCUGCUUGUGGUGGCACUGAAUACGCACUCUGCUCUCUCCUCGCUGUGCUCCUGAUUGAAGGCCUGGGACGUCGUAGAGCUUUCAUGUGGACUGCGACCGGCAUGGCGGCUUGCUUCAUCGUUAUCCCCAUUCUGCUGUCAACCAGCUCCCGAUCGAACCAACUUGCUGGUGCUGGCCUAUUGUUCCUCUUCAACACCUUUUUCGGUCUCGCCUGGGUUGGCGGUCCCUUCCUCUACGCCGCCGAAAUCGCUCCUCUCCGUGCCCGCGCCCCCUCUGCCGCCCUCGGCUCCGUCAGCAACUGGACCUUCUGCUUCCUGGUCGUCAUGACCAUCCCCACGUCGUUCGCAAACCUCGGCUGGAAAACAUACAUCUACUACGCCGUCUUCAACGCCGUGUUCGUCCCGAUCAUCUAUUUCUUCCUCGUCGAGACGAAAGGCCGGUCGCUGGAGGAGUUGGACGUCAUCUUCGCGACGCCGGGCGAUCCGGUGAAGAACGAGAAACGGCUCCCUCACGAUAUUUCAAUCCAGGAUGCAAAGAUGGCUUUAGGCCUGGAAGAAGACGCGGGAUCAGACAAGUCGGUGGAGGAGGUUGCACAGGUAGAUACUGUGGAGAAGCAAGCCUAG